AUGAAAGAAGAGGAAAUGUAUUAUUCAAAGCAAACAUUAAAUGGAGAAUGGAAAUUACAAUUGGCAAAUUAUAAAUCCGAUUUACCAAAAGAUUCAAAAGGCGAAAUCCCAAUCAAAGAAUUAAAAGAUGAUGCUCAAAUUAAUGCAACAGUUCCGGGUGAAGUUCAUAUGGAUUUAUUUAAAAACAAUUUAAUACCAGACUUAUAUAUUGGUGAAAAAGAAUUAGAAUAUAGAUGGAUACCUGAAAGUGAUUGGAAAUAUAGUAGAGAAUUUAAAAUUUGUAAAAAAGAAUAUCAAAGACCAAUAAAUAUUGAUUUAGUAUGUGAAGGUAUUGAUACAGUUGCAGAUAUUUUUAUUAAUGGUGUAAAGAUUGAACAAAGACUAGAGAAUAUGUUCCGUAUUCAUAGGAUCAAGGAUAUAAAGAGUUACUUGAAUAAACCAAAACCAGACGAUAAUGAAGAUAGUGAAAUCGUUAAUCAAAUUGAAAUCAUCAUUUAUUCACCAUCAAAGUAUUGUAAAGAUUUAGCAAAGAAAUAUAAAUAUGAAAUUCCAGAAUGGGAAUAUCCAAAUGGUAUACAUCAUAGAAAUUUCAUUAGAAAAGUUGCAUGUCAUUUUGGAUGGGAUUGGUCAAGUUGUUUUUGUCCAAUCUCUAUCUUUAAAGAUAUCUCAUUAGAAUUCUACUCAUUACCAUUAAUUAAAGAGGUAAUGAUUCAUCAGAAUCAUAAAGACUAUCAUCUAAUAGGCUCUGUUGAAAUUGAAAUCUCUCUAAGAUUUUACACAAGUUCAAUAUGUAGUUUUAGACAAGAUAAAGAUUUACCAAUUGAAAUUUCAGUGGUUCAUCGUAGUACUGGCACUACAACUCAUAAGUUGUUAAGUUUAAAUACAAGUAAACUUUUAAAAGAUUCAAAAUAUACUCUGUCAAUGGUUAUUAAUGAUGCUAAAUUAUGGUGGCCAAUUGGACAUGGUGAACAAAAUCUUUAUGAUAUUACAAUUUCAAUUCCAAAUUUAACUUCAAAUAAAAAAAUUACUACAAACCCAAAUAAAAACAAUAAUGCUAAUACUACCACCACUACUAUAGCAUCAUUAAUUAAUGAAGAUGCUCCAAUAACUUCACCAACUUGUGAAGAAAAUAAUAUUGAUAAUAUUACAAAUGAUGAAAACAAUAAUAAUAAUAAUAAUAAUAAUAAUAAUAAUAAUAAUAAUAAUAAUAAUAAUAAUAAUAAUAAUAAUAAUAAUAAUAAUAAUAAUAAUAAUAAUAAAAAUGAAAAUAUUAUUUAUAAAAUUAAAAAAACAAUUGGUUUGCGUACAUCAACAGUUGAUGUUUCAAAAGAUAUUCAUGGUAGAAAAUUUCAAAUUGUAGUCAAUGGAGUUGCAAUUUUUGCAAAAGGUGCAGAUUGGAUACCAGCAGAUCAUUUCUUAACAAGAAUAACAAAUGAAAAGAUAUUUCAUCUUUUAAAUGCAUCACGUUUAGCCAAUAUGAAUUGUUUAAGAGUUUGGGGUGGUGGUCAAUAUGAAACCGAUUAUUUCUAUGAAAUUUGUGAUGAAUUUGGUAUAAUGUUAUGGCAAGAUUUUAUGUUUGGUUGUGCACUUUAUCCAACCAAUAAAGAAUUUCUAAAAAAUGUUAAAAAGGAAGUGAAAUGUCAACUUAAUAGAAUAGGAUCUCAUCCAUCAAUUGUAUUAUGGUGUGGAAGUAAUGAAAGUGAACAAGCUAUUACCGAUCGUGUUUGGGAUCCAAUUAAACACAAUCCUCAUAGAUAUACCAUCGAUUUCAAUACACUCUAUGUUGGGGUGAUAAUGAAAGUAUUGAAAAAAAAACUUCCAGAUGCAUUCUUUUGGGUUAGUAGUCCAUCCAAUGGUGUACAUGAAUGGGGUGAUCCUAAUGAUCCAACUAGAGGUGACACACACUAUUGGGGUGUAUGGCAUGGUAAUUUGGAUUAUAUUAGUGGCUAUUUAAAUUCAAAGAGUCGUUUCCUUUCAGAGUUUGGUUUUCAAUCGUUACCAUCAUUUAGUGAACUUAAAAAGGUAUUAUCAUCACCCGACCAAUUGAAUAUAACUUCACCAGAGAUGGAAGGUCGUCAAAGGUCACCAAAUCCUGGUAAUCUUGGCAUUUUGAAACAUGUUGGUCUUCAUUUCCGUGUCCCAUUGGAUUUUGAAUUACUUUGUUACACCAGUCAAAUCCUUCAAGCAAUUUCAAUUAAAACCGGUUGUGAACAUUGGAGACGUAGUAAACCCUAUUGUAUGGGUACUCUAUAUUGGCAAUUGAAUGAUGUUUGGGUUGGUCCAAGUUGGUCCUCAAUUGAAUACAAUGGAAAUUGGAAACCACUUCAAUACUUUGCAAAGAAAUUCUAUCAACCAAUUCUUUUAUCUUUCGUUGAAAAUGCUGAUAUUUUAGAGGUUUGGUUAACUCAUGACUAUGAUAAUUUGGAUAAUAUCUAUAUUCAAUCUAAAUUGGUCAUAUUGGUUUGGAGUCUUGAAACCUCAACAAUCGUAAACACUGUAGAGACCAUUGCAUCCGUUGUAUUAUCAGAUAGAAAUCAAUUAAGUAAAAGAGUACUUCAAAUUAGUAAAGACAAACUAUUUGGCGUUUUACCAUUACCUUCAAAUAAUUAUAUAGUAACUGGCCAUUUCGAUUGUGAUACUAUCAAAUCAAAUAAUCAAGACUUGGUUUCAAAAUUCACCAUUGAAAACUAUUCCGAUAUUUCAAAUACCUAUUAUCCAUGUGCUUUUAAAAAGUUAAUUCUAAAACCAACAAAAAUUCAAUUCUCAAACAAUUGUCAAAGUGGUGUUGUUGUUGAUCCAAAUUGGUGUCGUCUUUCAUCUACUCCAAUGAAAUCUUCAAAUGUAACUGUCAAUCAUGAAAAUAAAUCCUUUGAAUUUACAAUUGAAUCAACCCAAUCAAUUGCUCUCUUUGUUUGGAUUGAAUGUGUAAAUUAUCCAUCUGGUUAUUAUUCUGAUAAUGGUUUUAAUCUUUUUAAAGAUUAUCCAAAAUCUGUAACCUAUUAUCCUUUAGAAUUUAAUCCAUUAGUCAUACCAAAAUUUACUUUUACAUCUUUAAGAGAUACUUAUUAA